GGUUUUGGUAAGAAAAAAUCAUAAAUACACGUUGAUAAUAAAAAUUUAAGUUAAAAAAGGAAUGUUGAAAUGGAGAUCAGAGUUUUAUUUAUUUACCAAUCAAGCACAAAAAUAAUGUUGUCUAAGGUGGCUACGAACGACGGGCACGCAGAGAACUCGGCAUACUUUGAUGGCUGGAAGGCUUUUGAGAGCGACCCUUAUUGCCCCGCUAAGAAUCCUCGUGGCGUCAUUCAAUUGGGCUUAGCUGAAAAUAAGCUUUGUUUUGAUCUGGUUCAAGAAUGGGUGGUGGAAAACCCCAGUGCAUCCAUAUGUACUCCCCAGGGGUCCCAAGAUUUGAUGGAGGUUGCCAUCUUUCAAGACUAUCAUGGCCUCCCUCAUUUCAGAAGAGCAGUUGCAAAAUUCAUGGAGAGGGUGAGGGGAGACAGAGUGACAUUUGACCCGGACCGGAUCGUUAUGAGUGGAGGUGCAACUGGAGCUCACGAAACGCUAGCGUUUUGUUUGGCUAAUCCCGGCGAUGCGUUUCUUGUCCCGACUCCAUACUACCCCGGGUUUGAUAGAGAUUUAAAGUGGAGAACUGGAGCACAACUCUACCCUGUAAUGUGCGAGAGUUCAAAUGGUUUCAUGCUCACCAGGGCAUCCCUUGAAUCAGCAUAUGCAAAAGCUGAAGAACAAGGAAUCAGAGUGAAAGGGUUGUUGAUAAACAACCCAUCGAACCCACUAGGUACUUUUCUGGACCGCGACACUCUAAGAGACGUCGUUUCCUUCAUCAACGACAAGAACAUCCACUUGAUAUGCGACGAAAUAUACGCUGGCACGGUCUUCACCGAACCUGAUGAAUACGUCAGCAUUCCUGAGAUCAUCGAGGAAUACAUCGGACCCAUCAAUCUUGAUCUCAUCCACAUCGUCUAUAGCCUAUCCAAAGACCUCGGCUUUCCCGGGUUCAGGGUAGGCAUCAUUUAUUCCUACAACGACCGAGUAGUGAACAACGCGAGAAAGAUGUCGAGCUUUGGCCUGGUUUCGACACAAACACAACACCUAGUUGCAUCCAUGUUGUCGGACGAGGUUUUCGUUGAGAGAUUGUUACGGGCGAGCUCGGAGAGGCUGAGGAGGAGACACAACGCGUUCACAAGCGGACUAGAACAAGUGGGGAUUAGCACUUUGAAGAGCAAUGCAGGGUUGUUCUUCCUCAUGGAUCUGAGAGGACUCCUCAAGGAACCAACUUUCGAAGCGGAACUUGAGAUGUGGCGGGUUAUAAUCAAGGAUGUGAAGCUGAACGUGUCGAACGGGGGCUCGUUCCAUUGCUCGGAGCCGGGAUGGUUCAGGGUGUGCUUCGCGAAUAUGGACGACGAAACCAUGGCGGUGGCGCUCAAAAGGAUUAGGGAGUUUGUGAACCAAAUUAUGAUGAGAAAUGGAGGCGUCAAUAAUUCCGAAACUUCUCCGCCGAAGAAGAAGUGCAGAGGGACGGCGGAGAGGUCACUCAUAGAGUACAUUCAGCAGCGGAUAAAAAAAAGGCCGCUGCCUUCUCCUAUGCAGUUUGAAAGACUUCUCAAAUUAAAUACGGAGUAAGAUUAUAUUGGUCGCCAUCUCUCCACUCUCCCCCAUCUAUAGUAAUCCAUAUCCUUUCUCGCCAAUCUCCAGAAAUCCACGCCAUCUCCCCCAUCCCCCUCUUCUCCUGUAAUCGACACAAUCUCCCCCAUCUUUUAUAAUCAAACCAUCACAAUAACGAGGUUUCUCUCUCUAGGUUGAGACGCUGGAAUCUUCGUCCAUGAACAGUGAUCCGCGACUCUCAAAAUCGGAGAUUCCCCUUGAAUUUGUUGAUUAUUUUGACUGAUUUUUGUUUCUCUUGGUGUGAAAUUUGAAGCUCUAUUAUAAUCUGAAUUUUCCGCUGCAGAUUUGGGCGUGAAUCGCAGAAAAUCCGACGCACUCAUUGUCCAUCCUCAUACUUCGCAGGUGAAGAUUUUUGCACUAGUUCAUACAACCCAGCAUCUCAAACAUACUUUUAGAUAGGUUUGGUCAAAGAAUUUUACAUUAACAACCUUGGACCAAACAAAUUUGGAUUAUAAUCAGUUUGUUUUUGUUUCUGUAAUACAUUAGUGAUCUGCAUAAAGAAAAUUAAUUUUGUUUCAUAAUUGAAAAUGGUAUUUAUGCUAGAAGUGUAUGCACUUGAUACCCAUUUGAUGAGCUCCACCUACUGAUUCUUACUUCCAUAACGAUAUUGUCAGAAAAAUAAUGUCGGGUAGAAGAUAUCUUAAUCAUAAACAUCAAGCCGGGCGGGAAGAAAGGUGCAAAGAUGAGCUCUCAAGCAUCAGUCCAUCAAAUUUUAUGUUCAUAAGGGACGAGAAACCUGACAAAGUCUUCACACGUGAUGGGAAUGAUUUCUUAUCUUUAAUAGUCUAGUUGUUCUUCUCUUCAUCUCCAAUGUUUAACAUUGUUGUUUCAUUUUUCCUUGAUUUUAAUCAUUAAAUGAUGAAUGUUGAAUAUUUGUGGAGUUCAUUCCUAGCAAUUCAUCUUUUGAUGUACUCAUUGAUACAUAAAUCGGAUGCUUGAGA